AUGUAAUAAAAAUGUCUUCCGAUGAGAUUGUCUGGCAGGUUAUAAACCAGCAAUUUUGCUCAUACAAACUCAAGACAACAAAAGGUCAAAAUUUCUGCCGCAAUGAAUACAACGUGACUGGUCUAUGCAACCGGCAGUCUUGCCCGCUGGCAAACUCUCGCUACGCCACAAUCCGGUCAGACCCCGAGACAGGCGCUAUGUACCUUUAUAUGAAGACUAUCGAACGCGCACACAUGCCCAGCAAAUUAUGGGAGCGGAUUCGACUGUCAUCGAACUACGCAAAGGCUCUCGAACAGGUCGACUCGCGACUGAUUUACUGGCCGAAAUUCUUGAUUCACAAGUGCAAGCAGCGUCUUACGCGACUGACCCAGGUGGCAAUCCGUAUGAAGAAGCUUGCGCGGGAGGAAGAACGGUUGGGAGAAAGGGUUGUGCCGAAGUUGGCGCCCAAGAUCCGACGCAGGGAGGAGACGAGGGAGCGCAAAGCUGAGAGCGCGGCGAAGGUUGAGCGGGCGAUUGAGCGUGAGCUUAUUGAACGGUUGCGCAGUGGAGCCUAUGGUGAUCAGCCAUUAAAUGUGGAUGAGUCGAUCUGGAAAAAGGUGCUUCGUGGUCUGGAAAGGUCCGGUGAGGGCGAGAGAGAUGAGGACAUGGAUGAUGGGGAGCUUGAGGAGGAAGAGGAUGAAGAGGGUGUCGGGGAGGUUGAGUACGUUAGUGAUCUAGAGGAGGAUGAAGAUUUGGAAGACCUGGAAGACUGGCUUGGCAAUGAUUCGGGCGCCUCUAGCGAUGAUUAUUCCGACGAGGAUGAGGAGGAUAGUGAUGAGGCGAGUGGGUCUGAGGAUGAUGGGGAGGAGGAGCAAAAGAAGACGAAGCCUGGCUCCAAGAGGAAGUUUGCUGCUCCGCCGCCAAAGCCUAGGAAGAAGGGUCCCAGAGUAGAGAUCGAGUACGAGACUGAGGGCGCUGGGAAGGAGAACGCCUUCGCUUAG